GUAAAAACCAUGCGAAAUAUCAGAAAUCUCAAGGAUCCCACCACCACCACCACCACCACCACCUGGGGCAUCCUGCUGUUAAUGCUGCUGUGGCUGGUGGCGCCCGGACAUACGGAAUUGCCCAAAGUCAUUUGUCGCGAUCAUGACACCACCAUCACCUGUGACUGCAACAACGAGGAGCAGGCCAUGGUCCUGCCCCAGCUGCAUGGUGCCGUCUUUCAGGUGGAGGUGCGCAACUGUCGCGAUCUUGUGGUGGAGGCCUAUGCUCUCAGCAAUACCGAGGGUCUGCGCAAGAUCUCGUUCCGGCAGCUGGGCCAAUUGGUGCUGCGGGAGUACGCAUUGACUGUGCCGCGCUACGCCAGCAACAAGGCUCUGAUUGUCGAAUUCGAGGCGGUCAAUCUGCGGUUGAUCGAGUCGCAUGCCAUCAACGGGAACAUCGAGGAGAUCUCAUUUGUGGGCGGACGCAUCGAACAGAUGCAACCGUUUGGUUUUACCACCACCAAAAACAGUGCCAUAUUGCUGAAGCUUGAUGGUGUCACCAUUCAGCGGAUUGAGGGGCAGGCCUUUAAGAAGUUUGCCGUGGAGCAGCUAACAAUCGCCAAUUGCCAGUUCCUGGGUGAUCUGCCCACACGCUCCUUCUACGAGCUGGAAGUGCUCCAUGAGCUGAGCAUGCGCAACAAUCGCUUCCAGGUGGUGCAUUCGCAUGCCUUCUCCUUUAAGCUUGUCUCCAAGCUGAGCCUCAGCGACAAUCAUUUUGUGGCUGUGGACGGCGAGUGGCUGGAGGCGCAGAUACGGGACGCUGUCACGCUGCGGGUGAAUGAUUUUGGGGCCACCAGUGAGAUAGCCUUCCGCAGCCUGACCGUCCAUCGGAGCUAUCAGCUCAGUGAGCGGCUGGAGUUGCGCUUCCACAACAAUACCCUGCGCAGUGCCCGCCCUGGAUCCGGGUUGGAUUCCUCAACGGCCGGACAGCAGGAUGUCGCAGCAGCAGCUGCCCAGCCACUGCGCUUUGACGAGCGCUUUGCACUGAGUCUGCGUGAGGUGCGCUACGUGAAUGCCUGGAGCUGUUACCAGCUGGACACAAGCGUGGAGCCGCCACUGCCGCGCUCCGACUUCUUUCGCCUGCACAGCGAGCAGCUGCUGUUCCCGCGUCCCAACGCAAAUGGAGCGAAGGCGCAGCAGCAGCAACAGCAGCAGUUUGUGCCGCUCCGUCAGCUGAUAGCCGAGCAGUGCCAAACGACCAGCUAUGUGGCGUACAUUGUGACGGGCAGUGUGCUGCUGGGGCUGCUGUUGCUGCUCCUUUUGCUGCUGUUGUGGUGGCGUCUGGCCCAGAGGCGUAAGCGACGCAAACUGGACGUGGUGCAGCCGGAGCCGCGCACCUACAAAGAGACACAGAUCGUAUACCAAAUCGAGAAUGCUGGCCUGCUGAAGACUGAUUUGUAGACACACACACACACACCACAAAGACACACACACACAGACAUCAAAGGACAUGUAGAGACAGGACGCACAAACAAACAAACACAGAGCUGAAGAGAAGCUAGAGAAGCGGGUAGCGAGCGCACACUGAACCACCAAUCCACCAAUGAGUGACCUUUUGUUGUACCAAAACCAUAGCCUAAAACUUAGCUCUAAAUAUCUACCACAUAAUUAUUAAACCUACAUAUACUAUUACCUAUAUACUAUGUACGUAUUAUGUCCGUGUAUAUCCAGCAACAUAAUAUUUGUCAAUUGUAAGUCGCCCUGUAAAUAGUUAUUAUAGCAAGGGGGAUGCGAUUCCACAUCCAACCAUACAUAUGCGAAGUCUAUUGAAUAAAUCGAGCAUCAAACGCU